AUGUUUUUCUCCGGGUCUUUGCAAGAGGCCCUUGCCUCGGCGGUUCAAAAUAAUAAAGCAGUCGUCUGUUUCGUCACAGAUGAUGGCGAUGAAAGCCAAACCUGGGAGAAUGAAUAUUUGAAAGAGGAGUCCAUUGACAAUGCCAUCUCCUCAAAAACAGUGGCCCUUCGAUUGAAGACUGGUAGUGAAGAGGCGGGUUAUUUGGCCGCCAUCUUCCCUAUACCAAAAGUUCCUACUCUUGUCAUCCUCAAAAAUGGCCAGCUCAAAGAGUAUAUCGCCGCAGGCACAUCAAAGGAUGACUUUACCAAUAGGGUCCAGACUGCUCUUGACAUACUACAACCAGAACCAGAGUCAGCAUCUGCAGCACAGGAGACUACCCCUUUGACCGCCCCUGCUGCCACUACCGUUGCUCCUACUACCCCCAGUACUGCUAGCAGUGCUACCGCCCCGACGCCAGCCCAAGAUUCGUCAGAAGCAGAACAAGACCCUGAGCCACAAGUCUCGACCGUCUCAGAAAUUUCACGGCCUACUCCUGCCUCCUCGAGCACGCCCCAAACCACCACCGAGAGCAGCUCAAGCUCUGUCCACGCAGUGCUAGCUGAACGUGCAGCAAAACUGAACCAACAGCGAGAGGAAGCCAAGAGGAAGGCUCUCGAAGCCUACGCGCGGAAAGCAAAAGGAAAGGAAAAGGAAACAGACCCCGAGUCUGACGACACGGGUAAAUAUCGGACGCCAGAACAGAAGAGGCUCGCCGACGAUAUCAAAAAGAGGCAGAAAGAAGCAGCUGAAGAGCGUAAGCGCAUUUUGAAGCGCAUCGAGGACGAUAAGGCCGACCGCCGAGCGGCCCGAGAAGCGGCGGUGCGUGAACCCACAUCUGGUGAGGUGGCUGCUGCCCUCGCCACCGUGCCGGCGACAAAUCUAGCGAAGCCUAGUAGUAGCCUUACGGCCCUAGUUGUUCGUCUUUCCGACGGAUCGACAAUACGAAAUCGAUUCCCGAAUACCGCAACCCUUCUCCAUGAUGUCCGAAAGUGGGUAGAUGAAAACCGGAAAGACGAUGUCAAUGCUCCCUACGGAUUCAGGGUUGUUCUAUCGCCCACUUCCACCAGGGUCAUUGAGGAAGCCGAAGAGGGCAACAGCCUAGAGGACCUCGGUCUGUCACCCUCGGCAACGCUUGUUCUCGUUCCAGUCCAGAGAAGAUCAAGAUCGUCUGCGAGUGGUAGUGGAGGUCUCUUCUCGUGGCUAUAUGCCCUCAUUCUCUCAUUCUUUUCUACUAUUUUCAGCAGCGGCCCUCCUCCUAAUCCGGCACCCGAGGAGAUCGAGAUGAGAGAUCUCGGCUCUCAACAGCAAGCGCGUACUACCGGUGCAAGGGUCCAGACUCUACAUGAUACCGAACAACGGCGAAGGCGGGAUCAUCAACUCUACAACGGGAACUCGUUGAACUUCGAACCACGCCCGGAUGAUGAGGAAUAG